AUGGCUGAAGUUAAUUUUUGUGAAGAAUGUAAUAAUAUUUUGUAUGCCAGAAGUGACAAAAAAAAUAAAAAACUAAUUUAUGUUUGUCGAAGUUGUGAUUAUAUUUCAAAUAAGCAAAAUGAAAAUCACAACAUCGUAGCUAGAAUUAAUUACAACUAUAACAGAAAAGAAGAUAUUUAUAUUCAUCCAGAAACUAAAAAUGAUUCUGCACUCGGACGGGUUCGAGAUUGGGUAUGUAAACAAUGCAAUAAUUCAGAAGCAGUGUUUUUACAACUUCCUGAAAAAAUAAGUUAUAAUCCAAUGGCACUAAUUUAUGUAUGUACAAAUAAAGAUUGCCAAUAUUGGGAAAAAGAAAUACAACAUUCUAAUUAUGAUACUUCAAGUUAUAAUAAAAAAAAUGAAGAUCUUUCAAAUAAAAUAGAUGAAAUAGAUCAAAAAUUAUAUAUUAAACAAGAAAAUGAUCGAUCUAUAGAUGAUAUUAAUAAUAAUAAAAGAUGGCCAACCAAAACAGGAAAUAUCUAUCAUCCUAUAAAAACAGAAAUAUUAGACCAAAAUGAAGAACAUGAACAAGUUCAGUUAAAACAUGAAUUAUUUAAAAUUAUAGAGAGUAAUAAAAAUACAGAAGAAGAAAACCCAGAACUUGAUAACCCUAGCGAUAGUAGCGUAGACGAAUAUUUCUAA